CUCGCUUUGAUCCACAGUAUUAGUGACAUAUCUCAAAAGUGUUAAUUCGGCAUUUUAGAUCUAUUCAUAAUCAUGGAAGAAAUAAAAAAUUUCGAUGAACUUAUUCAAGAUUAUAUCGGACCUCACAAAACUAUAGUCGAAACACACUUUUCAAAUUUAUUAGAACCCGGUGAAAAUUAUCUUAGUGAAAUAAAAAAAAUUGACGUGGUUCUGAAAAAUGAAGAAACUGAUGCAUUAGAAAAUUUAGAUUUGGUAGCAAAAUGUGUUAUGGUUAUUGAAUUUGGUCCGACUAUCCAGCUCAUGAGUAGUGAAAUAAAUUUUUUUAAGAAUGUUAUUCCUGCUUUAAAAAAAUUUCAAGAAAAGCGUGGUGGACCACCAAUUACUUUUUUCCCUGAAUUAGUUGGUGCUAGACUGAAUUUGAUGGGAAGUGAAACACCUGAUAUGGAUGCAGUCCUAGUACAGAAAAAUUUGAAAGUGGAAGGCUACGAAAUGCAAGAUCGACAUGUUGGAUUUGACUUGGCUACAACGAAAGUUGUCCUAACUGAUAUCGCAAUACAACAUGCAACCGCUUUAGCAUUAAAAUUGUUAGAACCUGAAAUAUUUAAAAAUGAGAUAAAAAAACAGUGCGUUGAUUAUGGGCGACCAACAGCACCUCCAAAAGGAGAUGAUACAGCGCCUCAACAAGGACUACCCAAUUUAUUACCUAUUUUAACGGAGUAUGUUAAAACUAAUAAUGAAUUAUCGCAUAUACAUACAGCAUUUAAAAAGUUUGCUGAUCGUAUGGAGGGAGAAAGAGAGAAAAUCUUUAGGAACCGACUACCAAAAGAACCUUUUUGUACUUUGUUACAUACUGAUUUAUGGGUCAAUAACAUAAUGCCAAAAAUUCAAGACAGAGUAGUAGUUGGUAACAUACUUGUAGACUUUCAAAUGUGUAGAAUUGGUAGCCCAGCGGAAGACUUACUUUUUUUUCUAUUCAGCAGUGUACAAUCUCUUGUGCUUAAAACAGAAUUCGAUAACCUCAUAACAUAUUAUUACGAUGUAUUUAGCGAAGUGUUAAAGAAAUACGAUUGUUACGGCCCACAGUUUUCUUACGACCAAUUUUUAGAAGAGUUAAGAGAAAAUGCGUAUCGACCAAUUGAUAAAUGCACUUUCAUGCUCCCACUUGUAGUUUUUAACAAAAAAGGAAAUAAGUUUGACAUGAAUAGAUCAAAACUUAAAUUAGAAGAUUUACCAGAUUUAGCGAAAGAACGGAUAAAUAUUUUGCUUUUAGAGGCAUAUAAAAGAAAAUGGAUAGUUUAGUAUAUAGUUUCAGUAUUGUCUAAAUUUAUAAAAAAAAAUAAAUCAUUG